GUUUUUAGUGCUGCAGCCUAAGCCACGAUGGAGGAAAUCUAUCCAUCCACUAUCUAUCCACACAAUGAUGGCAGGCAAUUAUUGCAUAUUGAGCAGUGAGGAGGAGAGAUAGAGAGAUGGCAGAACACCUUACUUUCGGUGUCCAGGAAAUAGUGAAGAAAGUGGUUUCACUUGCCUCUGAAGAAAUCAGUCUUGUAUGGGGAUUUGAAGGAGAGUUGACAAAGCUGCGUGAAUCAUUGCUGCUGACUGAAGCCAUGUUACGAGAUGCCGGGCAAUCAAAAGAUGUUCGGGCAGAAGCCGUGCAAAUUUGGGUGAACAAGCUUGAAGACAUAGCUCAUGAGGCCGAUGAUGUGCUGGAUGAAUGCGGAUAUGAACUUCUCCGCCGUCAAGUGGAAGUGCGAAACCAAAUGAUGAAAAAAGUGCUCAGCUUCCUUUCACUCCACUACAAUCCCAUUGCAUUCCGCCUCAAAAUGGCACAUAAGAUUGAGAAGCUCAACGCUGCUUUGGAGGAUUUAAAUAAUAGGGCAGGUGGCAUUGGGCUUGUUGCAAGGUUAUCGACCUCUCAUGAUAAUAGAGUAGCAGUACUUGACAGGGAAACCGUCCCCGGCUUUGAUCAGGAUGAAAAGAACAUGGUCGGAAGGGAUGAGCUUGUGUCAGAUAUAGUUACAGACUUAAUCAACUCAAGCAAUAAACGAGAGACUCGUCCUUGUGUUAUGGCUAUUGUGGGAAUGGCAGGCUUAGGAAAGACCACUUUGGCUAAAGCAAUAUAUCAUGAAAAUGAGAUAGGCAGCCAUUUCAACAGAAAAAUAUGGGUAUGCGUAUCUAACCCUUUUGACGUGAAGACGAUUUUAAGCGGGAUCUUGGAGUAUCUUAACCAGACAAAGGCUGGGGUAAAAGGCAAGGCAGCAAUAUGUGAAAGCAUCCAAGAAAUUUUGGAAGGGAAUCGAUAUUUCCUCAUUCUUGAUGAUGUAUGGAACGAGGAUCCUCACAAAUGGGAAGAGUUGAUGAGUUGUUUGUUAAAUAUCAAAGAUACUCAAGGAAGCAGCAUCCUUGUCACUACACGCAGUGUCCGUGUUGCAUCAAUAGUUCAGACGCUUCCUAUGCGUGAUUUGAGAAAGCUAUCAGCUGAUGAAUGUUGGCUCCUAUUGAAGAAUAAAGCGCUUUCAGGCAGGAAUGCUACUUUAAGUGAAGAUCAGGAAAGAAUUGGAAGGGACAUAGCCAUAAAGUGUGCAGGUCUACCAUUAUUGGCAAAGAUCUUGGGAAGUAUGAUGCACAAAAGGAGUGAAUAUGAAUGGCAGUCCAUUCAAAAUAAUACAAUAUUGGAUAUACCAGAAGAAGAAGAAAGACUAAAGGGGGUUUUGAUGUUGAGUUUUGAUGAACUGAAAUCAUCAUCUUUGAAGCAAUGCUGUGCCUUUUGCUCAAUGUUCAUCAAAGGUUUCACAAUUGAAAAGGAUGACUUGAUCCAACUUUGGAUGGCUCAAGAAUUGCUUUACCCUUCUCCCACCGAAAGUAUGGAGGAUGUAGGAAAUAAAAUUUUCAAAAUUCUAUUGGAUAACUCUCUUUUUCAAGAUGUUGCAGUACCAGAGGAUGUCUUUCGUUAUUCUAUUAAUACCAAAAGUACCACAUUCAAGAUGCACGAUUUGGUGCAUGAUCUUGCAGAAUUUGUAUCAAAAUCAAAGAUCCAGGACUCUAAUGAGAUUCGACGUGUGCCGCAGUUUUCAGAGAUAAAACUAGAAGGAAUUUCAAAAGGAGCUGCUCAUAAAGUGCGCUCAAUGUUUUUGAUACGUGAAGUUUGUGGUAACAUCUUACCAAGAUUUAAAGGUAUGCGUGUCUUAAAAUUACAGGGGGCUGAAAUUGAUGAGUUGCCAAAUUCAAUUGGAGAGCUGAAACACUUGAGGUAUCUAGAUAUUUCAGCAACAAAUAUCAAAAGGCUCCCCCAAUCUAUUGGCAAGCUUUAUAACCUACAAACGUUAAGAAUGCACCAUCUAUGUCUUAUAUGGUUUCCAAAGGAACUGCAAAAUUUGAUCAACUUGAGACAUGUUUCUUUUGAUCCCUUGUAUGCGUAUUCUCCAGUUGGCAUGGGGAGCUUGUAUGUGUAUUAUAAUAUGAAAUAUCCAGUUGGCAUGGGGAGGUUGAAUAAUCUCCGAUCAUUAUCCUUUUUCAUUGUGGGUAAGGAGAGAGGUCGUAAAAUAAAAGAGCUGGGUGGCUUAAAGCAUUUGGAAGGCCAAUUAUCUAUUUAUGAUCUGGAGCAUGUGAGAGAUGGAGAAGAAGCAAAGGAGGCAAAGUUAGCGGAGAAGACAAACAUACGCAGACUAAGGCUUGGAUGGAACUACCAACGAGAAGGCAUCAAUAAUGACAGGGAUGUACUAGAAGGCCUUAAACCGCACUCUGCAUUGGAAAUUUUAGAGAUUCGCAACUUUAGUGGUGAUACAUUUCCACCCUGGAUGAUGUGCGGAGAUUUGUUUUCUUCAUUGAAAAGAUUAACUAUUGAAAAUGCAAAGAACCUAACUGAAUGGAGGACGGAAGAAGCUGCAGUAUUUCCAACAACAGAAAGAAGAGUGGUGUUUUCUCGCCUUGAGGAGAUGGUGUUGAGGGAUUGCCCCAUUCUGGAGUGCAUCCCAAUUACACUCAGUCUCGCAUCCCUCCGUGAAUUGGAGAUUUCAUAUUGUUAUAAAUUAUCUAUUCUACCUGAGGGGCUAGAACGUUGCACCUCUCUUCAAGUGUUGGGAAUAACAGGAUGCUCCAAAAUAACAUCCAUUCCAAUAACACACGGCCUGCCUUCCCUCCGCAAAUUAGAUAUUGUAAAUUGUGAUGAAUUAUCAAGCCUACCGAGUGGGUUACAACAUUGUACCUCUCUUAAGCACUUGUCAAUAAGGCAUUGUGGGAAUCUCAAAGCUAUUCCAAGUUUAGACAACCUCACACAACUCCAUCUGUUGGAGAUCUAUGACUGUGUUGGAUUAAAAGGUGUACCCCCCAGUGAAUUUCCAGCAUCCCUCACCCGCUUAAAGGUAGUGAAAAUUGGUGGGUUCUGGAAGGAGUUCGAAUCAUUUCCUGCUUUUCAUGUUAUUCCACAACUUGAAACAUUAACCUUGUGGGGUUGGCCGAAGCUCAACUCUCUGCCUGAACAAGUUCAACGCUUCACUUCUCUAACUUCUUUGUCAAUAUCGUCCUUUGACGGCAUGAAGGCUCUUCCAAAUUGGUUGGGAAAUCUUGCAUCUCUUGG